AUGCCACUAGCCCACAUAAAAACACGCUUCCUGAUAUGCUCGGACACCCAUGGAAUGGACAGUUUACCCGGCUUCAUUCCGUAUGCAGACGUCGCUAUUCACUGCGGAGAUCUCACUACCCAAUCUCAACUCCAUGAAUACAAAGCAUCAAUCCGGUUGCUCCAGGCUAUCGACGCACCUUUGAAGCUUGUCAUCGCCGGAAAUCAUGAUUUCACAAUGGACAUUCCCAUGUUUCACAAAAAGAUCGCAGAGGCCCAGUCAUUAGAGCGUGAGCUCGUUGAGCAAGCGUAUGGAAAUGACGGGGAGGCUAGAAGAUUGUUUGAAGGCACAGGAAUUACUUUUCUCGAUGAAGGCGUACACUCUUUUCAUUUGCGGAACGGUGCUUUGCUGACUGUUUAUGCCAGCCCGUACACGCCUUCACUUGGAGAUUGGGGUUUUCAGUACCACCCCGAUAAAGGCCAUAACUUUAUGAUAGACGGUGACAGUGGUAAUAACGCCGUGGAUGUUGUGAUGACACACGGCCCACCGAAGGGAAUCAUGGACUACACUCAGUCCGGUGAACGGGCAGGCUCCGCUGAGCUCUUUCGCGCCCUCGCUCACGCUCAACCACGACCGCGGAUGCAUUGCUUCGGUCACAUUCACGAAGGCUGGGGCGCGAAACUUAUUACGUGGCGUGACAGAGUUACCCCUGUGCCCUCUCACCUAACGGAUAUCGACAAUGGACAGUCUUUUCCUAUAGCGAAGCUCUCCGACAUGAAAGAUAGAGCUGGGCAAGGCUUAGAUGGGAAUGGCGUACCAAUGAAGUACUUUGCUACUAGUCACUGUUCGGGCGAUUCCCAUCCACUGCGUUGGGGCUCUCAAACGUUCUACCAUGGGUUGUUGACCUUGAACUCCGAGCUUCUCCCUGAGGAUCAAAGAAAGCACCCGGGCGAGAAAAGUGAACCUAAUAUGCAGCCUUCUAUGGAAAAUGUCACAAGAUCAACUUUAUGUUGUUUGGUAUCACCUCUCGUAGGAUCCAACCAUAAUUGGGACUUACCACUCAUCGUGCGAGGAAAUACGGUCAAAUUUUAA